GAGGAGAGGAAUCCAGAGCUGCUGAGAGCUGCUGCUGGCAUCACGAAGAGCACUUUUGGCACAGCUGACCCCUCCAGCAUCAGAAAAGGUAAAGCAUCACAAUGAAGGUGGCAGUUCUGUGCUUAUGCCUCAUCAGCAUCACUGCUGCAUGGCCAGUGAGCAAACUCAAGCAGCAUGCCACGUCUGCCAGCUCAGAAGAAAAACACGACCCCCGGGGCCAUCACUCACACAGACAUCACCACCACCAGGUGAAUUCUCAGUCUUGGGAGAGACUGCAGCAACCACAGGAUGACCUGGCAUCACCUCAGCAGGCUCUUUACUCUUCAGAAGAAAGUGUGGAUGUCCCAGUACAACUGCACUUCCCUGGUGUGUCAAGCAAGAGCCAUGAAGAUGCAGAGGAUGACGACGAUGACAGUGAUUCCAAUGACACAGAUGAAUCCGAUGAGGUCAUCACUGGUUUUCCCACAGACAUUCCAGUAACUGUACCCUUCCCUCCUUUCCCUUUCACCCGGGGAGACAACGCUGGCAGAGGAGACAGCGUGGGCUACAGGGUGAGGGCAAAAGCCGCAGUGCUGAAGUCCAGCAAACUCCUCAAAGCUGCAAAAAAGCUCUUGGCGUACGGUGCCAGCGAGGAGGAGGAUGAGAGCGCCCUGGAUGCAGCCAGCCAGCAAGCAGAGCUCUCCCGGGAGGCUCCUGCUGCCCAAGGCUUCCUGAGGAAGCAUGGCAUCGGCUGGGAACGGGCGGACAAGUGGCAGCGGCAGGACAGCAGCGAGCUAGAGGGGAAGCGGCGUGACGGGAGCUCGGAAAACGACAGCAGGCAGAAAUUCGACAGCCACGAGGUGGAAGGAGAUGGCAGCAAGGCUGGUGCCAGAGGGGACAGCCACCAGAGCACGGAAAGCAGGGAGAGCCUCCCGGCUGGGCUCCCCGAGGACAACAGCAACCAAACGCUGGAGAGCGCCGAGGACGCGGGCGAUCACCGCAGCAUCGACACCAACGAGGUCACCCUCUGAAGGGGGACACGGGCCGCGCUUCCCUGCUUCUCCAGUUCCUGCCUGCGGGCAGGGGGGGGUCACCGUUCGUCUGCCUAGAGCGUGCCGGCUUGCCGGGUGCGGGAAGCUCCCUUCUUCUCCUCCUUUCCCGGGGUGCGGGCCAGCUCCUCUCCCCAGCGCGCUGCCUCGCUCGGAGGCGCCGGGGGCUGAGGCCGAGGCUGCCGGGCCCGUGGAGCCCGCGGUUCCUCGAGCCGCGAGCGGAUGGAAAUAAAACAAC